AUGAUCCACCUUCAAGCCCAUUAGGCAGAUACCUGGAAUAUCGAUGAAAACUUUUUAAACAAAGGUUCUCACUUGGGAUUUCUUGACUUUGAGAUUAAUUAGAGGUCAUAAUCAAUACAAAUUAGAAGAAUAGAUAACCCAAUAAGUAAAGCUAGUAAUGAGAUGAUUGAUAGCUCUAAUGAAGUAGUUUAAAUCUUAACUUGCCCUCAUAUUUAAUAGGUAGAAUAACAAUCUCCAUUGAAAGAAUUUUCCAAAAAUAAUAGACAGGAGUAGUAAUUAAAACAUAACCAUAAAGAUGGACUACAAGAUAAGUUAUAGAUAGAGGAUUUUUCAGACAACAACAGUGAAAUCGGCAACUAUUCUACGAACAAGAAGGUUUCAAACUUUAACAUUCCAAUGGAUCAGUUAGAGUAAACAGGCACACCAAAGUUUAAAAAAUAAAAUACUAAUACUCCCAAACAUAAACCAAAGGAGGAAUACGAAGACUCUUAAUAUAGUUUUAAUAAUAGAAAACCCUAAAAAGAAGAGAAGAAAAAAAAGAUAUUUGAUUUUGAGGAUCUUGUACCAAGCAACAAGAUUAUAUAUUAUGCUUACCUAAGCUAGAAUGAUGAAUUGAAACAAAGUAAAGAAAACACAAAUCAAAAUAAACCAACUGUUUAUCCCAACUAUACAAAAAGUACUAAUUUUAAUCCAAUAAACAACAUCAUUAACAGGGAAAUUGACACUUGUUUUUGA